GCCUGUGCCGGUGGCGGGGUGGCCGUGCGGUGCGGCGGGGAGGGGGCUAACCCGGCGCCGGCGCUCGCUGCUCCCGGUGGCGGCGGCGGUGGCCGCCCGACUCUCCCCAUGAUCAUGGGCUGUCUGGGCAACAGCAAGACCGAGGACCAGCGGAACGAGGAGAAGGCGCAGCGGGAGGCCAACAAGAAGAUCGAGAAGCAGCUGCAGAAGGACAAGCAGAUCUACCGCGCCACGCACCGGCUCCUGCUGCUCGGGGCCGGAGAGUCGGGUAAGAGCACGAUCGUCAAGCAGAUGCGAAUCUUACACGUCAAUGGAUUUCACGCCGAUGAGAAAAAGCGGAAAAUUCAAGAUAUUAAAAAUAAUAUUAAAGAAGCCAUAGAGACGAUAGUGGGAGCAAUGAAUACAUUGGUACCACCAGUCCUCGUAUCCAAUCCUGAGAAUCAGUUUCGAUUGGAUUACGUCCUAAACCUAGCAAAUCAGAAAAACUUUGAAUUUACACAGGAGUUCUAUGAAAAUACAAAGAACCUCUGGCAAGAUGAAGGUGUGAAAGCAUGCUACGAAAGAUCAAAUGAGUAUCAGCUCAUCGACUGUGCACAGUACUUUCUAGACCGGAUCGACAUAGUCAAACAGAUGGACUACAUACCUCCAGACCAGGACCUUUUGCGAUGCAGAGUCUUGACAUCGGGAAUUUUUGAAACCAGGUUUCAAGUCGAGAAAGUAAACUUUCACAUGUUUGAUGUUGGAGGCCAGCGAGAUGAACGCAGGAAAUGGAUCCAAUGUUUCAAUGAUGUCACUGCCAUCAUAUUUGUGGUGGCCAGCAGCAGCUACAACAUGGUCAUCCGGGAGGACAAUCAGACUAAUCGGCUCCAAGAAGCACUCAACCUGUUCAAAAGCAUCUGGAAUAACAGGUGGCUGCGGACCAUUUCAGUCAUCCUCUUCCUCAAUAAACAGGAUUUGCUAGCAGACAAAGUGCUGGCAGGAAAAUCAAAAAUUGAGGACUAUUUUCCUGAGUUUGCUCGGUACACUACACCUGAUGAUGCAUCACCGGAACCUGGUGAAGAUCCAAGGGUCACAAGAGCCAAGUACUUCAUAAGAGAUGAGUUUCUGAGAAUCAGCACAGCAAGUGGUGACGGAAGGCACUACUGCUACCCUCAUUUCACAUGCGCAGUGGAUACAGAGAACAUCCGCAGGGUGUUCAAUGACUGUCGGGACAUUAUUCAACGUAUGCACCUUCGUCAGUAUGAGUUAUUGUGAUGGCGAGCACUUGUUUCUGUGUUUUGGACUCUUUAUUCCUCAUUUAACUUGCCCACACAGGGUGGUAGAGAACUGCCUCCACUCUUCUCCCUGCUGGACAAUAGCAGCACUUUUUGCUUGCCUCUGUCCCCGGACAGUGUGAGAUGGCACCACCUAGACGGCCAUUUCCGUGUGGGUCUCCCUACUACUUUAACGAAACNAAAAAAAAUGCCCUGAACAAGGAGUACCUGAAGGAUUUUAAAAAACACAAAAAAAACACAAUUGGGAAAACCUUGCUCCCAGGUAAACCGCGCUGUUGUGUGCACACAUAAACCCAUACUAUCGAACCUAUCCAUUCACAGCAUCAGAAAACAUGAAGGUGCCAAGUCCAAGCUGAAGACUAGACCUCCUCUGUGAUGUUAUCCAGGCCUGACAUGGUGUGGAGCGGAGAUGUUGCAGAUCUGAACAGUGCAAAAAGAGAGAGAUCCAAUAAAACCUUGCUGCUUUUAGGGGGAAGUUUUAAAUAAAAUAAAAGUCUUUGGCAGUCCUUGGACCUAGAACGUGAUGAACUGCUUUUGGCUUGUGAUUGUAGAAAGAAUUAACCACACACACUGUCUCAGUUCUCUACAGAUGAACAUCAGCUUUGUCCAUUAACUGGACUGUAGUCUAAUGAUUUCCUCUUCCUUCUCCUGCCUUCUCUACUCUCUCUCCCCUUAUUCGUUCCUCUUCUCCACCUCCAUUUUUUUAUUUUACUGCUGGAUUAUUAUUCUUGUACAGACUGUAAAAUGUAUUAUUUUGUACAACUUUAUUGAAAAUAACUUGUAGAAGAUCUUUGUGCCUUGAUUAUGGCUGUACCUGUAAAAUGAGCUAAGAUGUAAGUAUGUUUGAUUGCGCUGUACAGCUUUGUCAGCCUUAUCUGCAGCACUAGCUCAAGGUAGGGAGUUUAUCUGUAGUUUAGUUUUUUUUUCUGGUUCAUAAAGAAGGAAAAAUGCUGUUUAGUAUAAAAGUACAAAAUUGUGCAAAUUAACCACUUUAAAAGUGAGGUCUUCAACAAGUGACCCGAUGUCACAGCAUCAUUGCUUUUUAAUUUUAGCUUUAACUCAUUUCAAUCUAUCCAAAUGCAAACAUGGCUUGUUUCUACAUAAACCAAAUUUUGCUACAAAUUAUAAAUGUUAGUCUUUGGUCAUUCAUAGUCCUUUUUAAAAAGAAAAGCAAAAAAAAGUGUAGGCGUUGUAUGAAUAUGGUGAACUGAACAUCGAUAGACCUGGUUCCACCAGUUCAGCCAACAGCUGCUGUUUGUGUUGGUAUUAGUAACUACAAUGCAAGGUCUAGCCCUUGUACUUGGCCUCAAUUCCAGUUGCAAAUGACAUUUUUAUUUCUCUUUUAAUAAAGAGAUACCUUAGAACA